ACCUAGAUCGAGAUAAUCAAUCAUAUAUAUAGUCCGAUCUUUCUUCCGCCUCAUCGAAAUAAUCUUUCUGAAAUAUUCUGUGAUUCAAUUUCAUAUCGCUCGUUUCUUCCAUUUUCUCUGCCUUUUGAAUGGAGAACGACAACGCGAAAUUGGUCCCUAACGGUGGACUCAAACCGAACCCCAGCAACAACCGAGAAGACAACCCUACUCUUAAUCGUUGCGGAGACGAAGAAGAAGAAGAACAAGUGACUACCCAAUUGCCGGAGCCUCCUUCUCCUAAUGCCCCGCAGUCCUCAAGAACUCCCUUCACUAAUCUCAGUCAGGUCGAUGCUGACCUUGCUCUUGCUCGGACUCUCCAAGAACAGGAAAGGGCAUACAUGAUGCUACGAAUGAACAAUGAAGAGAGCGAUUAUGGCAGUUGGGAAGCUGGAAGUUAUGUGCAUGGUGAUGAAGAUGAUUUCCAUGAUGAUACUGACGAAAAUGAUGAUGAUGGAACUGAUGCUGAUGAUGAAGAAGAAGAUGCAUUUGAUGUGCACGCUCAUGAUGAUGGUGGAGACGAUAAUUACCCCAGUGUCGUUUAUGAUCCCACUGUUUUUUCAAGUGAUGAGGCGUAUGCAAGAGCCCUGCAGGAUGCUGAAGAGAGAGACAUGGCAGCUAGACUGCUGGCCCUUGCAGGAAUUGAUGACCGUGAAGCUGAAGACACAGAGGAUGAGGGAGGUAACUCACAGGAUGCAUGGGAGGAGGUUGACCCAGAUGAACUUUCAUACGAGGAGUUACUUGCGUUGGGUGAAGUUGUUGGAUCAGAGAGCAGAGGGCUUCCUCCUGAUACAAUUGCUUCAUUGCCUUCAGUGAGCUACAAGAUGGGAAGUGGUCAGAAUGGAAUCAAUGAGUCGUGUGUCAUUUGUCGGAUAGAUUAUGACGAUGGUGAAAACUUAACAGUACUUUCUUGCAAACACACUUAUCAUUCUGAGUGCAUACAUAAUUGGUUGAAAAUAAACAAGGUAUGCUUCGGAAGGUUGCUUUAUCCUCUGUCACUCUAUAGUUGUCAGUUUUCAAAUAAAUAGAAUCUAGAAUAAAUUUAGUUCCUUUUGAGAAAGUGAUAGUAGUCAGUUAUCUGAAAUAUGUUUUUGGAGAUCAUAAACUUGUUAGAUUUAUGCAACAUGUGGUUACCAAAGGCAGUGGGUUGCUAUAACAAUACUGCUGCUUUUGUAAGUAUAGUGCACAGAUAUGUUAAAUAAAUUUGUAGAGUUUCCAAGUCUGUUUCGAGUGCCACUGAUGAUCGACCUUACUUUUUUUCUAACUUUGCAGUUGUUAAUUUGAUUCGUAAAAAUCAUUCAACCAGCACUUUUGGAUUGUUUUAGUUAUAAGAACUGUCAAUCAGUUUGGCAUUUGUCAGAUUUGAUUAUGCAUUUGUCAAAAUUUGACAUUUAUCAAAUUUAGAUGCAACUGAAAAUGUUUUGGUUUGUUAAUUUAAGCAGGGAUGUUAAUGAAAUUUUAUGAUCAACAUCCAUUGCAUUCUAAAUUAGAGGUUGAGAUUAAUUAUAUGUUUCUUGUUGUUUUUCCAGAGUUUUCUUUGGUCAAGUUUAGUUUUCUCAAGGCAAUAACUGUCAAUCAUUAAUAAGUUUUUGGGGUUCCUAGAAGUCAUGUGUGGGACAUGUAUUGUUUGCCCGGUUCUAGCAUUUUGUGUAUCUAUAAUGUUGGUUUUGCUCCAACCACCACAUGUGGUUGAGUGAUAAGAGCCUCCUACUGUGGAAUCCCACACCUGGGUUUGAUUCUCAUUGACGCUAAUUGGAGUUUAAAUCGUAAUUUAUUCUUGGUAACCAGGGGAAGAAACCCCCUGACACUGAUUAAUCUCUGGGCUUAGAAAGCCUUUGAGGACACCAUGUGAUCUCGAUAAAAGUGUUGGUUUUGUUCUAGUCUCAUCUGUGGCUCUGUAGAAGG